AUGCGGGGAUGGGUGUGGAUUCUACUUCUCGGGUCAGUUGAGCUCGCAAGGGCGGAAGAAGAGGUGAAAUCGAGAAAGAGCAGAAUUGACGAAGUAAAUGACGAUUAUGAUGGAAAAGCUGAAAACGCAGAAUUAACGAUUCAAGAACAACACCGUCUUCUACACGAAGAAGCUGUCCGAAAAGCCCACGAAGCCGCACUAAAAGCUGCCGGACAAGACCCUCACGCAGGGAAUACGCAAUCGAAUACCGUUACAACUAGCGAAACAGUUCAAUCCGUACAUACAGAAGUCGUUGACAACGCUUCUGGCGAAACGAUAAAGGAGAAACUUGAAGUUACAAAAAAGGUGGUAGACAGCAAUGGAGAAGUUAGAGAAGACCAUUUUGUCGCUGAAAUGGAAGAUGAAGACCUACAGCUAGAAUCUUCUCAAGAAGAAGAGGUUGUCCAAGAGGAGCAAGAUGACCCAAAAGUUGCGGAGGAACCUGCCGAGAAAGAAGUUCAAACGACGAUUCAGAAAAACGAGGCUUCCUCCACCGCUGGCUCGGAAGACUCUGGUAAACAAGAAAGCCCAGAUGACGAAGAGUUCCAAAAGAGAAUGGACGACUUCUCCGAAUCCCUGGGGUCGCUCCUCACAGACGCUGUAAAUACUCAACGACGGCUGAGAAAAGAGAUGGACGACGAAGAACAAGUCAAUGUUGGAGAUAAUAUUAAACUCGAAGUUGGAGGAAGAAAACUCAAGGAAAUUGAAAUCGAUGGAGUGAAAAUCCUCACCGCUGAUACCGUCAAAGAAAAACCUGGUAAAAAGAGCGGUAAACUCUCGAAUAUCCCUCCGACAAAAGUCAUGCGAGAGCACGAAGUAGACGGUAUAAAAAUCAUGACCACAGUAGAUCUUGAAAACAAAGGCAAUCCCGAUUUACCAAUCGACGUUCAAGACGAAGAAUGGGAGCAAUACGAUCGAAACGAACAACUUCUCCUUCGUCGAAAGCGAUUUCUCGCAGAAAACCCAACUUUCAUCAACCCAACCUUCACGGGCUACAAAAACAUCGACAAUCUGGAACCAACCGUCGGUAAAACUGAAGAUGAUUGCCGCCGAAUCUGGAUUUUCAAUGAGCGGCCGUUUUUGAAAAAGUGCGUCACUGAAUUCCGUGGAGAUAUGCGCCCCUGGUGCAGUUUGGAUGAGGUAUUUCAGGGAAACUUUAUCUUCUGUGAAGAAACUGAAGAAGAACGUCUCAAGCGGGAAAAGUACGUCGAAGCGUUGACUCUCUUCACUGAAGGAACUUCGAUCAUCGGCGGCUGGGAUUCGCGACGAUCCGUGGUCAAAAGCGGAUUCGAAAAGAUCGAGAAAGCGUAUCAGCUUGGUUAUGAAAAAGCAUCGGGGCAUCUCGCUUGGGCGAAAUUGAACGGCUAUUUUCUCAAAAUGAACGUCCAGGAAGCGAAAGAACUCGCACUUGGCGGUGCCGAGCGCGGCCAAGCCCUGGAUCAAGCUGUACUUGGAUUCAUGUACGCAACUGGUGUAGGCUUCCCAGCUAAUCAAGCGAAAGCGUUUCUCUACUGGUCUUUCGCUGCUAAUUCUGGCAUCAUGUCGGCUGAUAUGGCUCUUGGUUUCCGCUACUCCAAAGGCAUCGGCGUCGCGUACAACUGUGAGGCUUCAAUGGUUCAUUACCAACGAGCAGCAGGCAAAGUGAUGAACUCGAUCUCGUAUUCUGGAGGAAACGCGAAAGCGAAAUGGAACCUCGAGCAAUUAAAUUCUGCUACUUUUGACGAAUCGGGGCUGCACGAUAUCAACUUGAUCAAUUACUACGAGCUCUUGGCUAAUCAGGGAGAAGUCGAAGCGAUGGUAAAACUUGGGGAAAUGUUUGUCGACCGAGCAUAUGAGAGAGAUUAUCAACGCGCAGCCGAUCUGUACCGAAAUGCUGCUAAAUCAUUGCCCGUCGCUGCCGCUCGCCUUGGACGACUCUAUCUCGAUGGACGAGGAGUUCCAAAAGACUACCGAACUGGGUACGAAUACCUGAAAUCCGCCGCCGACCGAAAAAGUGCAAUGGGCCAGACCUAUCUUGGAGUCAUGUUCGAAGAAGGAACCUAUCCACAUCUUGCGAUUCAAGAUAAGGAAAAUCCUGGUAUCACGGGAAUUCCAAGAAUCGAAGAAGCUAUCAAGUACUACAAACUCGCUGUUGAGCAAGGUUUUCCUGAAGCCUGCUAUCGCCUGGCGAUGAUCCAACUUGAAGGACGAGGAAUGAAGCCUGAUAUUCGCUCAGCGGUUAAAAAUCUUCAAAUUGCUGCGCAGCAUCAGAACAUCAAGGCGAUCUACCAACUCGCGGUCAUGCAGAGCUCCGGACGGGGAAUCCCGAGAAACUGUCCAGCCGCGGUAGACAUGUUCAAGAACGUCGCCGAGAGAGGCAUCUACGCCCGUCUGUUUAUGCAUGGUGGCCAACAGUUCAAAUCUGAGAACUACCAAUCAUCUUAUGUGAUUUACGCGAACCUCGCCGAGAUGGGAUUCGCGAUCGCGCAGAGCAAUGUUGCUGAACUUCUUGAGAACGGAGAAAUCACGAUCACAGGCGAGCAAAGCCCAUACCCCCGCGCUCUCGCUUCCUUCCAACGCGCGGCUAUGCAAGGAAUCGUCACUGCCCGCGUCAAAGUAGGCGACUAUUACUUUUAUGGACAAGGAACUCCUGUGGACGAAAAAUUGGCUGGAGACAAUUAUCGAGAAGCUGCAGAAUCUCACGGCAAUGGACAGGCCUUCUUCAACCUCGGCUGGAUGCACCAUCACGGUGUUGGGCUCGUGAAGGACAUGCAUUUGGCGAAGCGAUUCUACGAUCAAGCUAUUGAAGUCAAUCCAGAAGACGCAACACUGCCAGCGACACUUGCAAUCAUAGAACUUUACUUCGGCGGCUACGCAUACGACCUCUUGUCCAGCAUCGGCAAGAUCACGCUUUCUUCUGUCGGUGAAAGCACGAUGGAACUUAUUGAAAUUUACGUCGGCGAAAGCUGGGACAUUUAUCUCGGCCUCUUCCUAGCCCUAAUUCUCUUCUUCGUUAUCAACUUCAGAAGACAGUGA